AGAGCAGGGAAAGUACAGAAUGAAGACAGGCGAGAGAAAGAGAGAAGUGGAAGAAAGGAGAAGAAGGAGAAGGUGGUGGAGGAGGAGGAAGAAGACGAAGAUAAACACGAGAAGGACGAGGAGGAGGAAGACAAAGCUGAACAGGAAGAGGAGGAGGAGGAGAGCGGUGACGGAGGCGACGGCGGGGUCAGCUACGCUCCGGCGACACUCUCCGCUCUCACGCUCCUCUCCAUCAAGCCCGUUGUCUUGACCGAUUUCCGACGUUCCUCUCGCGUUCUCAAGAGGAAGGAGGGGGAAAAGAAAGAGGAGGAGGAGGAAAAGGAGGAGGAGGAAGAGGAGGAGGAGGAGGAGGAGGAGGAGGAGGAGGAAGAGAGAGAGAGAGAGAGAGAGAGAAGAGAGAGAGAGAGAGAGAGGAGA